CAGCAACCCUGAAAGGUAUAAAUUAUGUAAUAUAAUGGAUUAUAAAAAUUGUAGCAAGUAAAAUUAGAAAGAAAGAAAUUAAACAAGGAACAAUAAUGGAAAUAGAUAACCCCUAGCUAAUGGAUAGGGAUAAACAAUACGGUUGCAAUGGAGUUGGGGAGAAAAUAUGAAGAGAGAGAAUCUCCCCUACCAAUUUCUAAAGACAAUGGAUUUCCGGCAUUUCAGCCGCCGGAAUCAACAAUUUUUUCUCAAUGGUAAUCGAUACAACACACAAGGGCUUCAUCCCCAAUUCAGACACUCAACAGGGAGAUGUACAAUAUAUGAAGAGGAAUCGCCUAGAAUAGAUUUGGGGUUUUGCAACUAUCCCAACACACCCUCUUGGUGCAACAAAUGCUACCCAUAUCCCAGGUGCUGCUGGUUUGAAGAAUAUCAUCCCAGGCACAACCAACUAAGACAACACAAGUCCCAUUAUACAGCCCCCAGGUAUUGCAGAAACUCAAAAACGACCAAGGAAGACAACGUAUUCGAGGCAAGGAGGCAUCUGGUACGGCGACGGGAUGUACAGACCGAUCACCACUCCUUCCGCAACACACGGGAGAAUACAGAUGGUUGGCGCAUCGUCAAAUACACCGAACGGCGUCACUACGCUCGCCCAGACCAAUGUUCCACUGCUCAUCAACGCCCCAAGGCCCCCAACCCAGAAAUUCUACGGGCUUCUGGUAAUUUCAAUCGACACCAAAGGUUAGAGCUAGAAGAUAAAUAUAAUUCUUUAUCACCACUAACAAAUGAACCGGACCUCUUGGCCAUAAACGAUUUAGUGGGAAUAUCCGACUUCCCAACCGUCGACGACUCACAGGCAGUUGACAGAGGACACAACUGGGGAACACCGGCAGCCUCAUCGUCGGCAAGGCGAACGGCCAUAGCGUCAAAACACACGGCAGAUUCACUGGGCGCGGACCCUCUAUGGGGGUCUUCAGCUACUAGUGCUUUCCAGAGUAGUGGCAACGGCGUGAUGAAGCCGAGAAGACAAGAGGACUCAAAACCGGCUUCUCCAUCCCAUUCGGUCCCGGAAAUCGCUGUCUCGGCUGUAGUGGGGUCACCGACGAUUCGACCAGGACAUGGUAACAGCUGUGGAAAUAUACCCAAGGAGCUCAGUUUCACGUGGGCUGAUGUUUUAAAAUCCAACAAAAAAAUAAAACCCUCUGUCACUCCUGGUACCAACUCGGCAGAGUCCUCCUCAGCCACAAAUUCAAAUCCGCUCAACAAUGACAUGCCAGCUACUUGCUCCGUCACGAAAUUUAACAGAACAGAAGAUAUUCGGGUUGAGUCAGCUUUGGGCGAACCGGGCUGUGAAAAUUUCAUGUUCUUUGGACAAGAAGGAUUUGACUCAAUCAAAAUUGAGUCAAAAGUUUUUAAAUUUGCGGUCAAAAAUGGUGAAGUGGUUAUUUUUGAAGUAAAAAAAUCUCAGCUACACAAGAUUCAAUUCAAAAUUGACCUUGUUCCUCGAAUCAUUCGCUUUAUGUCUCAACUCACAAGUUCUGCAUCAAAAUUGGCACGGAGUAAACGAUUUGGAGAUAUUACAGUUUCUUUGGAAACUAACAGAUCAGGCGACUAUGUGAAAUUAGCUAAAAAUCAUGGGAGCUCCGCUCAAAUUCCGGUGGGACCGAAAAAAUCGAGCUUGUUUAAAUUCAUCAAUAUUUUUUCUAAUUUUGCAGGGCCACCAGAGUCUGUGCAGGACGACUCAAUCUCUUUGCAAUACAGGAGCACCUAUGAAACCGAGGACAACACAUCGAUCUCUAAACUGAUUCUAAAUUAUCAAAUCCAAGCGGCUAGUAUCGAGAAUCAAUUGGUUUUCACUCCCAUGAAACAACUACCACGGAUCGAGGCUUACUCAGAUGCCUCAGAUGGUUUUGACCAUUCUGAUGACUCUUUCUUUAGAGAUGACUUUCUUGGACACGCAACUGAAAGCGAUCGUCGUCCUCCGAUCUCCUACCCGGAAGAAAUUAGAAAUUCCAAACUCAACAGGGCUAUUUGCCGCAAAGCAAAAUUCGUCACAUCGAAAAAUUGUCUGCCAACAGACAACUUAAACACACAACUCAAAAUUUACAGAAAAACGCAAAAGAACAAAAGGCGUCACAGCAUGACGACUAGAUCACAAUCCAGAGAUUUUCCUUGGGACUAGUUUUAUGUUUUCCUUUAUUUUACUUUUUCUCUGUACUGCUUUUCUUUUUAUUCUCGCAUUGUACUGUUUUUCUCUUAUCAAUAAAAUGCAUUUUUUCUUUAAAAAAAAAAAAAAAAAAAAAAAAACAAUACGGUUGCAAUGGAGUAAAAUAAGGAAACAUAGUAAAAUGUCA